UCCGACGCGCCCAAAGUACCAAACUCGGUUACAACUAGUGCAGCAGUAAAAUGUCAAAAGUAGAAGUCGACUUUUCACUCUGGAGAGUCCAUUACCGCUUCCAUCUCCAAAUCCCGGAACACUACAAUCCUUCUCCGGAACACCUUAAUCCUGGCUCCUGACAUCUGGAAACGCCUCUUCCCCCCGCGAACCAGGCGGCCAAUCACCCUCCCCCAAUUCCAAAUCGGGAUAUCUCGGCCGUUUCGAGUCCCAAUCAAUUCCGGAAUGGAGAUAAACAUGUUCAGGCUCUGCUCCGGCCUCAAAGUCAUCGGUUACUUCAUGAUCCUCCUCGUCGCCGCCAUCAUCUCCGUCUCCUACUACGCCAUCGUCGUCGUCACUUGGGGCCCCGAGCUGCUCCGCGGCGGGGUCCACUCGUUUCUAGCUUUCUUCAUCAUCGUAAUGUUCCAUAUUCUGCUUGUAAUGUUACUGUGGAGUUACUUUAUGGUAGUCUUUAAAGAUCCUGGUUCUGUUCCGGAAAAUUGGAAACCUCUAAUAGAGGAGGAAAACUUAGAGGCUGGUAGUUCUCUGACUUUGUCAGAAAAUAUCGAACCUGAGGCAUUCACUUCAACACAAUCUUCAGAUGGACGAGAAAGAAGACCACAAGUAGGGUAUUGUAGUCGAUGCCAAAAUGGCAAGCCACCACGAUGCCAUCAUUGCUCUGUCUGCCAAAGAUGUGUACUUAAGAUGGAUCACCAUUGUGUUUGGGUGGUGAAUUGUGUUGGUGCACGCAACUACAAGUUUUUUCUUCUUUUCUUGCUUUAUACAUUUCUGGAGACAACAAUGGAUACCUUAGUUUUGCUGCCAAAUUUUAUCGAUUUCUUCUCUGAAGCCACGGAUCAUUCUGAAUCUCCUGGAAAUCUUGCAGUCAUUUUUUUGACAUUUGUGCUUAAUUUAGCCUUUGCACUGAGUCUUCUUUGUUUUGUGGUUAUGCAUGCGUCCCUUCUGUCAAGCAACACUACUACGGUUGAGGUUCAUGAAAAGAGAGGAGCAAUCAGAUGGAAGUACGACUUGGGCAGGAAGAAGAAUUUUGAGCAGGUUUUCGGCACGAAGAAGGCACUGUGGCUCUUACCACUGUUCUCAAAAGAGGAUUUAGACAACGUACCUGCCCUUCGGGGACUGGAGUUUCCGACACUUUCAGAUACUGAGGCUUGAUGCUUGGUGAAUUCCUAUACUUUUACCUCCCACCAGCCAUUUAGAUAUCUUUACGGACUCAUACAUGCUGAUUACAAUGGGUCUAAAAAGGUGUAUUACCCCGUGUCCAAUUUAGUCAACUUAGUCUAUAGUUAGGAGAGGAUUUAAAUUUGAGUCAUGGUUAUUUAUUUUUACUUUUAUACAUUGAAGAAAAAUUGGAUUCAGAAGGAUCACCCUAACAGGAAACUAGGAAAGUGAUUGCUUGGGGAAAAAACUCAGUUAGCUACCCAUCAAUUUUUUAUACAGAUUGUUCUUCUCCUCCAUGUCUUGUCCCUCGUCCAAACUACGUGUACCCCAAUUUCUUGGAUAUGGGAAAAAGGCUGUGCUUGAAGUAGUUGCGUCGAAGAUUUUAUACUGAGAUGUAUAAAUCUAUAUUGAUGUGUAGCUAAGUUUGCUCUACUUCCUCAAACUAUUCGUUGCUGGAAAUUGUAAUUGCCAGUAACUCAUUCACAUUGCACGGGAUGUUGAUGUAGACUUGGGGUGAUAAUUUGGAUGUCCAGUUGGCUGAAAAUUGGGUUUGAAGUUGUAAAUCACCAAAUAUUUGCUGAUCAUAAAUCAGGCGCAAGUGUGUUCCACUGGAUAAAGUUAGUUUUGAUUCA